AAAAAGUUGUGGACAAGUUUUCCAGACUUAAAAUAACAAAUUCGGCGACAAUGCAAAGAAACCUUCUUAAGGCCCAAACCAAUUCAACCCUAAUAUCCUGCCCUCUUUAUUCACACCCUGAAACUCGACCAAAUCCACACCAACACUCAAAACAGAUGACUAACCCACCACCCAAAAUCAUAAAAAUAGGUUAACCCCAUCCUUAGCUUCACCCCUCCCCCCUACCGCUAACCCUAACCCUAACCCUAACCCCAACCCCAAACCCAACCCCUCCAGGAAGAAAACCUAGCCAUGGACUCCACCCCACUCCUGCCCCAGCCCCUUGUACCCUCUGCCUCCAAACUACCAAUCAAACGCAAAACCCCUUUGCCCCAAGACUCCCAGCAACCACAAUUCCACAUCCCAAAACUUGAAUUCGGACCAAUCUCAGUUCCUCCCUGUGAUGGCUCACCAACCAAACCCAAACCCCCUGCUUUCAAAUUCCACCGAAUCUGGACCGAGCCUGACGAGAUCAGCUUCCUCCAAGGCCUUCUCCAAUCCCAUUCCCUCUCUUUCCCCAAAGACCUCCCCAUUUUUUACUCCAACUUUUCCAAUUCCAUUUCCCAACCUUACACCAAGUCCCAACUCUCCGAAAAGCUUAGACGUCUCCGCAAAAAGUUCCGGGUCAUUUCCUCUAGGCUGGCUCGAGGGUUGAACCUCUCUGCUCUCUCAGCUCAUGAUCAAGCUUUAUUUGAUCUUUCUAAAAGGCUUUGGAGUCGUGAGUUUGCUUCCACUUCCCCUUUUGGUAAGAAUUCUUCCGGCUUUAAUGUUGGGUUUUCACAAGAUCAUGAAAAUAAUGGCGUUGAUGGGAAUGAUUUUGAUGAUUGUGAUAUGAUUGAUAAUGAUUGGGAAGUGAAGAUUAAUGAGGUUAAUGUGAGUUAUGAUUUUGGUGGGGGAAGAGGUGAGGUGAUUAAUGGCGAGGCAAUUGAUGGAGUCGUUGUAAAAAGCGUUUUGGACGUGUUUGACGAGUGUUUUAAAGAGGUUCGGAUGGCUUUCGCAAAGCAGGGUGUAGCUUGGAUGGAUACAAUGCAGAGGAGGUGGAAGAAGCAAAGGGUUUCCGAGCUCAACGUGUUGGGGAGGCGCCUGAGGUUGGCUAUCGAGAAUUCUCUGACUAGGGGAUGAGUAUUUCUAAAAUUGGUGGAAUAUUGCGCAUCAUUUGAGAUAAAAAAAAGUUUGUAUAUUCUAGUUCAAUGUAGAUAAAUUUUCAGGGUGAUAUCUUGUUGAUGAAAGAGCCUAUAACGCAUCAAGCAGUUUGUGUUUUGAAGGACUGAAAACAAGUUUCCAAGACUUCUUUAAGAGGAAAUCUAAUGUAUUGUUGUUCAACUUUGAAAGAUAGGACUAAACAUUGCAUUUUGAUGGUUAAUUUUGGC